AUGUCAAUGAAAGAAUAUAUAGAGCUCAUCUUUUUAUCUUCGUAUCAGAAUCCUUCACUAAUAGUCAAUGGUCAUGCUUCAUCAACAGCGCCAUUUUCGUCAUCUUUACAUAACGUUUUAUUGGAAAGUUUGAAUAGCUCAACAACAAUAACCAACACAACAAACAAUGGUACAUCAAACUUUUGUGAUCCGUCACUGUUUAAUACACCUUGGAGUAGAGAAGUGAAUGGAAGUGUCAUUUACGGGCUUUGUCCAGAUACUUAUUUCUCAAUGGCUUUUUGUUUGGCAUUUGUUGUACUUUAUCUGUUAGUUGUCAUUUUGAGUGGUGUUGGAGUUUAUUGGAAGAGGAAGAGUGGUCAUAUUGUGGCUAGGAAUCCAAUCUACCUCUACUUUACAUUAGGAGCUGCACUAUUCUUUGUGAUAUCUCUUACUAUGAGAGUGAUUGUGGGCAGGAAAAUAUAUCCGUGUGGAUUGUUGACUGCUUCCUUUUUUACAUUCCCUCCUGCAAUUUGUUUACCUACCAUCUUUAGAAUGAUGAGAACAUUCUUCAUGUAUAAGAUUAAUUUACAAAAGGCCAAAUUAUUCGAUUCCUCUACUGGCACCAAUAAGCCGGAGGGGAAAGAUUUUGAAUUAUUUAAAGGAGCAGUAGAACCUGAAAUCAAACAUGAAACGCCAACACCAGGAAUUGAUUUUUCACAAAUAUUUCAUGCUGAGACUUCUCCUUCUGUUCACCAAAAUAAUCCAUUCGUAGGAAGUCCUAGUUCAACAGUUGACUCACUCAGUAGUACCACAGAUGAUGUGGAUGACGUUUCGAAUUCCAAUACUGGAAUUGAUUCAGAAUCUAUUGCUGAUGUUUCAACAUGGAAUUUUACAGAACUCAAAGAAAUUCAAUCACUCAGAUCUGAAAUUAGAAAGUUGAAGAUUUACAAUUUUGUGACCAGUUUGAAAUUUAUUACCAUUUUUUACAUUCUGGGUUUUAUAUUUGGACUUGUAGUAUGGCUGAUUAUUGGAGGUAUAGAAGAAGCUUUAUAUUCAUUCAAUACUAGUCCAGAUAAGAAACGUAUCUUCCUCUAUGAUGGUGGAUUGUUUGUUUUUGAUCAUGGUUGUGGAAUGACAUCAAACUCUAUCAUUAUCGUUGGUAUUGAAGCAAUUUUAUACAUUAUUCUAGAGUUUAUCUGUUUCAUAAUGUGUGUCAGAGCUGAUAAAGAUACUUGGGGUAUCAAGUUAGAAUCUCUCACAUUGAUUGUAAUUCAGAUUCUUAGUGCAAUAAUUUUCCUAGUGGCAGGAAAUAUAGAAUUCAUUUUCAACUUUACAGAAUAUUAUUUCCCAUAUGGAUUUGUAUUGUGGGGUUACAUGCUGAUUGAAAUUAUUGUUUGUGUGACACUUCCAGUUCUCUAUGCCAUUGUAAGAGAUAAUAAGGACAAGGUUCAACAAGCAGCUCAAUUGAGUACUUUGGAAAAGAUUUUGAAAAAUAAGAAAACCUUCCAAGUUAUGCUUGAUUUUGCAAGAAGAAGUUAUUGUACUGAAAGUAUAUUGUGUUGGAGGGAUAUUCAGAGAUAUAGAUUGGCAAGAAAGAAAAGUCAUAGAAAAAAGGCAAUCAUUCACAUACUUGGAGUUUAUUUGACAUUUGGAGCUCCCUUGGAAUUAAACAUGCCAAAUGUAGAGAAACUGAAACAGGAAAUUCUAGCUCAAAUUACUGGAGGAAAAUUUAUAGUAACAGAAGGAUUGAUUGUUGAUGCCAAUGAAAUUUCCAAAAUUAUGAAUGGUAAUGCACUUGUACAACUUCACACAAACUUGUUCCAAGCUGUACAGGAGCAUUGUUUGAAUGAUAUGAGUGAUUUAUUUGAAAGAUUGAAGAAUUCUAAUAAGGAGAUUGCAGAGAUUGUCAAGUCACAUAAGGAACUUUCACAAACCGUGAACUAA